AUGAAUAAUCCCAAUCAGGAACAUAUUUACAAUAUUGAAGAUGUUGAUGCUUAUAAUGAUUAUUAUCUGAUUGAAUCUUCAAAGCAUAUAUUCCAUACUCAGUUCAAUAACAUAACACCACAAGAACUCAAAAUAAAUAUAAAGUUUUUGCUUAGACUGUAA